ACAUAUGUGACCUCGCGCCCUUCGCUCUGGUAUUUGAUAGGGUCGAAUCAACUUGACGAAAUAUUCUUGUUUGGGUAGCGCUGAGCUUAGUGCCAAGAAGUUAGAUAAAACACAAGAUAUGGCAACCGAUUCAAAGGCCGCGUUCAAGCCCGUUGCACACGUGCUGUUUGACAUGGAUGGUCUGCUCCUGGACACAGAGUCAUUGUACGCUGAGGCCAUGCAACAGGUGACGCAGCGCUAUGGCAAGGACUACACUUGGGAAAUCAAGGCAGCCGUGAUGGGCACCCCUGGGUCCGAGGCGAUGCGCGUCAUCAUCGACAGGCUGCAGCUGCCGCUCACCGUGGAGCAACUCGAUGCCGAGCUGCACCGGAUGCACGCAGAGCUCUUCCCCACUGCGCAACUCAUGCCUGGAGGUGUCAUGCUGUGUGAUAUCAUCGUGACGCAGAAGGGAGUCACGUGA